AUGGACUUCACCUUCCACCCCGGCGUAAACGGAUCAGCCCCCUGGGUCGACUUCUACCCCUACAACCCAUCCAAACCAGCCGGCUACGCCUUCGUGGCCAUCUUCGGCAUAAUAACCGUCAUCCACAUUAUCCUCAUGUUCCCCUAUAAAGCAGCCUACUUCAUCCCCCUAAUACUUGGCGGAAUAUGCGAAGCAUUUGGCUACUACGGUCGUGCCUGGUCCCACAACCGCACAACCGCCAUCGACUCCUGGUCCCUUCAACAAAUGCUCAUCCUGUGCGCCCCCACCUUCAUAGCAGCAACAAUCUACAUGGUGCUCGGCCGCAUAAUCCGCUCCUUCGACGCCGAACACCUCUCCCCCAUGCGAACAAAGAAAAUAACCGUCAUCUUCGUCCUCAAUGACGUAAUCUGCUUCUUUACUCAGCUCGGAGGCGCAGGCGUCCAGGUUACCGGUGAUGCGAAGGUCAUGGAUAUAGGACGCAAGGUCGUGCUCGUGGGCUUGGUGUUUGCGCUCGUUGUGUUUCUGCUGUUUGUUUGGGUGGCCUGGGCGUUUCAUCAGCGGUUGGGGAGGGAGCCAACGUGGAUUGUGGAGCAGAAUCCUCAAUUGGGGUGGAGGGAGUAUAUGUGGGCAAUUUACGGGAGUUGUGCGUGUUUGAUGGUGAGGAAUUUUGUAAGGUUGGUGGAGUUUGGGGCUGUGAAGAGUGAUUUGAAUCAGAAGGAGGUGUAUAUUUAUGUUUUUGAUGCGUCUUUGAUGGCUGUUUCAGUGGGGGUUUUGGUGGUUUGGCAUCCUGGGUUGCUGAUUAAGAGAGCGAGGAGAGCGGGGGUCGCGGGGAGGUUGUGUGCUGGUAUGGGGGAGGGGGGUAGGGAUGGGGUGCCCUUGACGGGGGUUAAGGGGUAUCAGAGGUGUUGA